AUGACUACUAAAUUGAUGGUUAGACACAUGAGUUACAAAGAGUCUGAUGCUGCGUGGUCGGCGGUAACCAAGAGUGCGGGGCUUGGCUGGGUCGUGGUGACCCGAGAACAGAGGAAUCUGUUGAAGCUAGGAAUCUCCUUCACCCCAUCAGCGCUCGUUGCUGAAGCCCUUGCCAUGAAGGAAGCGAUGAUGACGUGCUGUAGGCUGGGUGUAAAGGACGUGAGAUUUGAGUCAGACUCACGAUUGCUGAUUAAUGCCAUCAUCGGCAAGGACCCUCUGUUGGAGAUCUACGGAGUGGUGGAGGAUAUCCACAUUCUUUCUAACGCUUUUGAUGUGUUUAGUUUUGCUUGGUUGUCGCGAGAGAGAAAUGGUGAGGCUGAUAUGUUAGCCAAAAAUGCUUUAAGUUUGUAUGAACAAGGGGUGGUUGUGGCUUCCUUAAUGCCCCCACCAAACUAA